ACAUGCCUCGUAUAGUAUUGAGAAAAUUUGAUAUCUGAUGAUUGAAUCUUAGGUUUUGGGACAUGCAGAACUUUUUAUAAAGAAUAACUUUUUUUCGUAAAAUUAAUAAUAAAAAAAGUUUCCCAUAUGUUUCCAACUUAAGUAGACACGCUGUAGGUAUAUCUCUUUUAAUUUUAUAAAUUAUGUACAGUCGGUAAAACGAAAGAAUACGCAUGGACGAUCAUAUCAAGCACAUAUUUUGGAUUUGCUGUGUUUUUCUAUAAAUAACAGACGAGAGAGAUAGAUUAUUAAAUGUUGUCUACUAGGCGAAAGCAUUAUCCAAGACAUACCCAGUUUCAUAUUUAUAAUUGACAGAGUGAGACGGCGACACAAUUGUUCAACGUAGUUUAAUUAAUUUAGUAGAAAAUUUAAACUCACACUUGACUAUUUCUGUACUUCUAAUGUCAUUCUUAGAAAAACAUUCAACAUGAGUAGAGAUAAUGAUUGUAUAAACUACUAUUCGAGUAGACGUACUGGUCAACUAUAAUCUGGCCGAUUCGAUUUCCUGUCACUUUGACAGUGAAACUGGUUUGUUUACGUUUGUGUUAGGUUAAAUUCGGUAGAGUUUAUAAAUUUUGAUAAUCAGUUGUAUUUACUUAAAUAAAAUCAGUUCUUUUAAGAGCUACUUUGAAAUUAUAUUGUAUUUUUGAUUUGGUAAGUAUUUAUUUAGUUAAAAUACGUCAAUAAAAUUUUUUCAGUAAUCGCCUGUCAAUAUGGUUAACUACUGUCUAUGAGUUCGCCAAACGUGUACAUAUCACUAAUGUAUGAAAUUACAGAUUAGUAUAUUUUUACGAAUGUGCAUUUAUUUGCAGAUAAUGUCUGGAAAACCGCUUAACUCGCAGUCGCAACAAUUGGUUUUAAACCUGUGUGAAUAUUUUGAGAUGGAAAAAAUAAAUGGAGGUCCCUUAGAACCUCUUUCAUCUGUUCAAGAAAGAGUAGCCGCUGCACUUAAAAUAUCCAGAAAAACCAUUUCUGUAAUUAAAAAAAGAAAAGAGAAUAAUCCAGUUCUUCCUAAACCUGGAAAAAGCAGACCUCGUUCCAAAUCUAAAACCACUGAUUUACCUGAGGGUACAAAAAUCACUAUAAGGAAUACAUUGUAUUCUAUGUAUGAAGAAAAACUAACUAUCUUCAAACAUGUCAAACUUGGACCCUAACCAAGGCAAAUAUGAAUAAACUAGCCACAACAGAAAGAGCUAUGGAAAGAGCAAUGUUAGGUAUACGACUGUCAGAUAAAAAGAGGAACGACUGGGUAAGAUCAAAAACAAAAGUCGAGGACAUAACAAGAAAAGUUCCCAAACUUAAAUGGAGCUUCGCAGGCCACACUGCUAGACAAAAGUCCAACGUUGGAAUGCAACAAAAUAACAUUGGAGACCUUACCAAAGUAAACUACCGAAAGGAAGACCACAGAUAAAGUGGGUUGAAGAUAUUAAAAGAGUAGCCGGAACAAAUUGGAAAUAUGUUGCUCAGGAAAUAUAUUGGAAAUAGGUAUAUUGGAAAUUUAGCUUAUAAUAACCAAUAAGAUUUUAAAAUAUUUUAUUGUUGUCAAAAUAAACGAUUUUUCUUCAGA